CCCACAACAGAAUGCCUGUGAUUAAUGGAGUGAAGAUGGCCUGUGCGCCAUGCAUACGUGGGCAUCGCUCAACGAAAUGUGCACAUCAUGAUCGUGUCAUGAUCGCGGUAAAGAAGCCUGGACGACCGCUGAGCACUUGCCCACAUGCUCCUGGGAUCCAAUGUGGCUGUGGAGGCGUUCAAGCCGCGAUUCCAAUCCAACAUCAUGGCUGCCGUCCUCCGGCCACAGAACAAGCGGCCCAUCAGGGGGUCACCGUGAAGAAGGAAGAUGGUGUAGCAGAGACCGGCAUUCAUUCACCCACAAGGACAGCCCACCGGGUCAAGAAGCUCAAAAGCAAUGGACAUAUCAUACCAUUGGUAGUGUACCAACGACAAACGGGUCUCCACUGUCUCCGCAAACUUCAGCGUCGCCCGCCCAGAAACAUCCCGAGUUUCCUGAUGAGACGUCAAACACGGCACAAAAGGAAAACACCGCAAGCCCCCCGGCUGCUGGGUCGUGCUGCAGCUCGAGAAAGCAGACGGCGCCGGCGACGCCGAAUGGGAGCCAUAGUCCUAUGCAGGGCGACCGUAACACCAUAUCUUCAGAAAGCACGCAUCCGGCUCCGAAGAACGGCUCGUACAAACAACCGAUGAGUAGUGGAGGUGGGUGCUGUUCGAAUAAAGCUCGAGGACCAGCACAAUUACCGCAAGCACCUUUGCCUGAUCUUCAACCAGCGCUCCUGCCUGGUUACCAGCAGCAAAUCCAACAGCUCAACCAGGCGCAGCCAGCGGUCUAUAUCCAGAACCCUGGAAAUGGCGUAGCAUUCUGGCAGGGACAAAUGCCACCGCAAAUGCCGACACAGGCCAACGGAUACGUGUAUAUGAACGGCAUCGCUCCACAGUACCCUCCGACGUACCAAGUCUAUCCACCAGUCACCGUGGUGGGCGCGUACCCCGUGAUGGCCGGACUCACCGCUGAGCAGAACCGGCAGAUCAACAGUAUCUUGGGCCGGCCUAUGCAAUGCCAAUGCGGCGAUGUCUGCGAGUGUCUUGGCUGUAUCGAUCAUCCAUUCAACACCGUGACGAGGGACUAUGUCGCAUCUGCUAUCAAUGUGGCAGACUGGACCAAGAAUGGGGACGAAGAUGUGGAUGGGUCUACGGAAGAUAUGCACAGCUCCGAGGCAUCAAGCGCGAUGCCGUCCCCGGCUGGCGACCCACUGCUGGAGCAGAUGCUGCCGCACCCAGAAAUGCAGCAGACGGUAUCUUCGGACUAUCUUGUCUUCAACUACAGCUACGGCUGUCUGGGCGAGCCAGAGCACUGCCCGUGCGGGGACGAUUGUGCCUGUGUAGGGUGCACAAUCCAUGGAGGGAGCAGUAAUGGCAAUAAUGCAAAUGGCGGGAUCAAUUUGGGAAGUCAUCCGGCAUGAAGGAAAAACAAAUGUGAAUGAGAGGUGGAUGGAGACAACGUAAGCGACGUCAUGCAUCAUGUUUUUUUUUCAUGCGAUGCCGCCGCAGGUUAUUUAAUCCUGCAUAGAUACCCCCCUUUUAUGAAUUUGAGACGGAGUGAACAACCCCCCUGCUGCUACUGCCGCCGGUUCAUCAGAUUCCUUCUUGGAC